GUCUAGAAGAGUGCCAACAUUUGAAAAAUGUAUUUUCAUUGUCCAUAGCGAGAGGUUUGGUUCAACUCCAAAAGUUAGAAAUAGGUAAUUGUGAUGACAUGGAAGAAUGUUUUCACAAGGAAGGAAAAGAUGAGAAGGCACUAAAUGAUAAGAUUAUGUUUCCGCAAUUAACGUCUAUAGAGCUGGGCUCUCUACCAAGACUCAUUGGCUUUUGUAUAGGCGUGGGUCCCGUUGAGCUUGUCCAACCAUCCUUGAAUCAAGAGGUUGGAAGGAUCAACACUGAUGAAGUGACCAAUCUUGAAAAGCACAAGACGACAGACAUUCAACAACAUACUGGCCCCUUUCCUAAAUCAACACCCAUUAUCUCUCAUAAACUCUUCUCAUCCAACACCAUCUUGUGGCCACCGAGUUUAGAAAAUCUUGAUUUGAGGAAAGCUAAUUCACUAGAAGUGGUUUUUGAUCUUGAAGGACUGAAGGUAGACGAAGAUCACCAAAGAAUCACAAUACUUGCUCAGUUGAAAACUUUAGAGGUACAAGAUUUAUCUAAGUUGACAUACGUGUGGAAGAAUGUUCCACUAGGAAUUCAAGGCUUUCAAAACCUAACAUCCAUUGAAGUAAGUGAAUGUCAUCGUCUAAGAUAUUUAUUCCCAACUUCUAUUGCAAAACUGCUUGUGCAACUUCAAAGCAUUGAGAUAGAAGAAUGUGACGCAAUUGAAAACAUUGUUCAAAGAGAUGGAGAAGGAGAGGGAGAGGCAACGGAUAUCAUCCUAUUCCCUAGAGUUAGUUCCUUGAAACUACGAAAGCUGCCAAAUAUGAUGAGUUUCUGUAUCAAAGCUUAUUCUUUUGAAUGGUCAUCUAUUAAGAAGAUUUAUUUGAGAGAUUGUCCCAAAUUGAAAAUAAUUGGUUCAAAAAUUCAGAGCCUAAGAAAGUCGAAGAAAAUCAAUAGGGAAUUGGAUUCAAGACCCAAUGAGCAAGAACUUUGCUCCCUUGGUUUUCUUUGGCGAUGCCUUGAGUGUGUACCAUGUGGCAAAAAUUAUGGUUUGAUGGCUGUGUCAAACCAAGGCACUAUCAAUAAAUCCCAAAGAAGCUACUCUAUGAAGAAAGAGGGUACUUUGAGUAAGCCGAAGGAUUCAAAAGUUAGUGAUAGCGACAACCCCCCAGAGAUAUGGUCUUUUUUUCCAUCUCAUAUAAUUGAGUGCCUAAAGAAUCUAAAAUCGAUUGAAUUGAUUAAUGUCCCUUCACUGGAAGUUUUAUUUCAACUUGAGGAACUAAAUGUUGAGGAAAAUCACAUGGCACCAGUACUUGAUCAGUUAAGGAAAUUGAUUCUAUAUGGGUUAGAUAAUCUGAUGCACAUAUGGAAGAAGGGUCCAGAAAGGAUCUUGGGCUUUGGAAAUAUGAGAAUUUUAAAAGUUGAGAAAUGCAAUAGUCUAACAUAUUUGUUCUCACCAUCCAUAGCAAAAUUGCUUGUCAUGUUAGAGGAAAUUGAAGUUACUUGUUGUGAAAAAAUUGAAGAAAUCCUUGCAAAAGCAGAAGAAGAAGAGGAAGAAAAGGAUAUUCUGUUCCACAAAGUGAACUCAAUAUUGCUCAGUGACUUACCAAAUCUGAAGUGCUUUUGCAUUGAAGCCAAUGCUUUAAAGUGGCCAUCGCUGAAGGAAAUAACGGUAAUUGGUUGUCGUAGUUUAAGCACGUUUAUUCCAUCUAAUCUAAACACACCUAAGCUAGAGGGAGUAUUCGAUGAAGAAGAAGCCUUUCCAUGGGAAAAAGAAAGAACGUGUCAUUGGAAGGGAGAGCUGAAUGCCACCAUAGAGCACAUCUUCAAAGGAAAGGAAAAGCAAACGAAUCAUGAGACACAGCAAGAAGAGCAAAUUGAAACUAUUGAGAAGGAUAUGUGAUGCUGGGUAAGACAUACAGUAGGUUAUAUCAACUACAUGAUGUUCAACCUCAAGUUAGUAAGAGAAUAUGACGCUGGGAUAUAUGAAGAAGGAAGCAGAUUCACAAAACUUAUAAGAAGAACAUCUAAAGCUAUGCUCAUUCCCAACAGGGCAUUAUAUUGUUUUCUUUUUGUGCCUUUUAUUGUUUUCUUUUUGUUAUAUAACUAGCCGGAUCUAUCUUAUACUAUUUGUAUAUGUAUUCUGAGAGCACCAUUGUGUGAUAAUACUCUUGUUGUUUUUGUCUAUGUUCAAUCUUUUAUC